GAGGCGGGACUUGGCUUUGAAUGAACAGAGGAAGUGUCUGAAGCGUGAGACUGCAAAUCGAAAGAAGCCGGGCAGAGAAAAGGUGAUCCAUUCCAUAAACCGAAAGCAGACACUGCCAAAGUCGAAAAAUGGUGGACUCUCAGUACUACCUUCCAAAUAACAUUCGCAUCUCCAAGCUUGACUGCAAGGAGGCAUAUGAGCUGUUGUCCCCGAAGGAGAAACUCUAUGCCCACUACCUCUCCCGGGCAGCAUGGUACGGUGGUCUGGUGGUUCUGGUGCAGACCUCCCCCGAGUCGCCCGCUAUCUAUGCGCUCCUGCAAAAGCUCUUCCGCAAGCAGACCCCAGCAGAGCUGGAGAGGGUUGCCACUGAAGCUGGGCUGAGUUCCGAGGAGUACCAGGCUCUUCUGGUAUAUGCUGCAGGUUUCUAUGCCAACAUGGGUAACUACAAAUCAUUUGGAGAUACCAAGUUCAUCCCCAACUUACCAAAGGAGAAGCUGAAGACCCUGGUGUGGCAGAGUGCGGCCUUCAAGGAGAGCCCUGGGGAGAUGGAGAGCCUGUGGAAUAGCUGCUCCAAACUCCUCUUCUCCCUGGACGACAGGCAGAAGCAGCUGGGGCUGGGAGAUGAGGGAAUCACCACAUACUUCUCAGGAAAUUGCUGUUUAGAGGAUGCAAAGUUGGCCCAGAAAUUCCUGGACUCUCAGAAUCUGAGUGCCUACAACACGCGACUGUUUAAGAGGGAGCCUGAGGGAGGGAAGCAGGCUUAUGAGGUCAGACUGGCCUCCUCCGUCAAGACAGACUGUGCUGCUGAUGGCGAGGGGCAGACACGCUGUGGCCGGUACGAGUUCGAAGGUGCCGUCUUCACAGUCCACAGGGGCGACUACGCUCCCCUGAUGGAGAAGGUCAUCCACAACCUGGAGAAAGCCAAGGCCUAUGCAUCCAAUGAGAACGAGGUGCGGAUGAUAGAGGAGUACAUGAAGAGCUUCAGGUUCGGCUCGGUGGACGCACACAAAGAAGGCUCCCGCUUCUGGAUCAAGGACAAGGGCCCCAUUGUGGAGAGUUACAUUGGCUUCAUCGAGAGCUACAGAGAUCCUUUUGGAUCCAGGGGGGAGUUUGAAGGCUUUGUAGCGGUGGUGAACAAGGCGAUGAGUGCCCGCUUCGCAGAGCUGGUGAGCAAGGCGGAGGUGUUGUUGCCGGAGCUGCCGUGGCCUAAGGCCUUUGAGAAGGACCAGUUCCUCAGGCCUGACUUCACCUCUCUGGACGUCCUCACCUUCGCAGGCAGCGGCAUCCCCGCCGGUAUCAACAUCCCCAACUAUGACGACAUCAGGCAGACGGAGGGCUUUAAGAACGUCUCCCUGGGCAACGUGUUGGCAGUGGGCAGCGUCGGCAGCAGGGAGGACCUCACCUUCCUGGAGGAAGACAUCAAGGACCUGUACCUGAAGCUGGUGGGGCCUGCGUUUGAGGUGCAGGUGGGCCUACACGAGCUGCUGGGUCAUGGCAGUGGCAAGCUCUUCGUUCAGGAUUCAAAAGGAGGCUUCAACUUCGACAAAGGCAGUGUCUGCAACCCAGAGACCGGAGAGCUAGUCUCCAGCUGGUACAACGAGGGUGAGACGUGGGACAGCAAGUUCUCCACCAUCGCCUCCAGCUAUGAGGAGUGCCGCGCAGAGUGUGUGGGCAUCUACAUGUGCCUCAACAAGGAGGUGCUCAGCAUCUUUGGCCAUGAGGGUGAGGAUGCGGAGGACGUGCUGUACAUCAACUGGCUGAACAUGGUGCGCGCCGGCGUGCUGGGCCUGGAGUUCUACUCCCCAGAGACCAAGACCUGGAAACAGGCCCAUAUGCGUGGUCGCUACGUGAUCAUGCGCGUGCUGCUGGAGGCGGGGGAGGGGCUGGUGACCCUGAAGGAGACGACGGGCAGCGACGGCCGGCCCGACCUGCUCAUCACCCUCGACCGCGCCAAGGUCAAGACCGUCGGCAAGACCGCCAUCCACAAGUUCCUCUGCAAACUGCAGGUGUUGAAGUCGGUGGCGGAUGUGGAGGGUGGCAGAGCGCUAUACGACGGCUACUCAGAGGUGACGUCGGAUGGGCCACACGACUUCCUCCGCAUGAGGGACACCGUGCUGCUCAGGAAGGUGGCCAGGAAGCUCUUCGUCCAGGCCAACACCACGGUCAAAGGCGAGAGCGUGGAGCUGGUUGAGUAUGAGAGCUCGGCGGCUGGGCUGGUCCAGUCCAACACUGAUCGCUUCCAGGAGGACGCGGAGGAGCUGGAGCGCCAUCUGCUGGAGCUGAGCUCUAACGACAAGGCCUGCUGGUGCUGAGCGGAGACAGCAGGGCUGACGCAGCCUAACUGGAGAUGGAUGGAUGCAAGCCGUGAUGGGUAAAAUGCAUUCAUUAGUUACAAUCUAUUGCCACAUAUUCCAAAUGACUUGGUUUUACAUGUCCAAUACAGCCAGGUGAUUGGCAAGUUGAAUGAUUACCUGGUUGAAUUUGACAGGUGAAACAAGAUCAUUUGGAAUCUGUGGCACUAGAUUCUAACUAGUGAAUCCAUUUUCUUUGCCCAUCACUAAAUGCAAGGAUGGGUGGGUGGAUGGAUGGCUGUCUGUCUCAGUGACUGCUGUUUCCCUCCUUCAAGUGUUUUGAUUCAUUGGAAGGUUUUGGUUUUGCUAUUUUUGUGUUGGAUGCAAAGUGAUUCAAAGGUAUUAUUAUAAUAUACUGUACUGUAUACUAAGGGAGGCAAUGGUUAACAGCAGACAAUUCUGCUGCUGAUGUUAAACAGUGCUGCAACAUAUACAUGUGAUCCUGAUUUUUUUUUUGUACGACCCAAGUUAUUCAUAAUUGUCUGUAAAUAAUAGGAACACGAAGAGACGAGUGGGCUUUGCGUUGUUUUUUUUCCUUUUAAAAUGUAUGAAUGACCUUCAGUACUUACCUCUGCGCAUCUGGAACAAUGGAGGCCUUUGAUUGACGUGUGAAAUGAGAAGAGGAGGUGGGCGGUUUUGCACCUGGCUGUGAAAUGAAAUCAGACGGGGGAGCAGUGUGGCGAUAGAUGAUUAUGACGAGUCCUGCAAUUACACAGGCUGUUUUUAGUUGGCCUACUGUACCAACCUCCCUCCCAGCUGGGAAAUGUUCUCACAAAUGUCUGUACAUCUUAAAAAUAAAUAAAAAUAAAACUUAAGACUGAGACAGUA